UACCGUUGUCCAGCCAAGUGUCACUUUCCCUUAUUUCAGGUUUAAAAAUGAGCAAGAAACUGAGACGAUUAUCAAUAACUUCAGGGUUAAACCAGUUCAAGGAUUUGGGAGGAGGAGGCAUUGGAGGGAAGGUUGGAGGUACAGCAGUCGGAGGGAAGGUUGGAGGUACAGCAGUCGGAGGGAAGGUUGGAGUCACGGGAAUUGGAGGCAGAGGUGGAUUCAGUGAUCGAAGAAGCUCAAAAAGAAGAGAAUCAAUGAGGGUACUGAGCCUAGGAUCUGGAAGUACAGACAGUAAAGAGAGUGAAGAUAUCCCACCUGCAAACCGUGUAGUAGUUCUAG